AGACUCCUCCCCUCGUCUCUCCUCCUCGUCGUCCAGCUUCCGCCCGUCUGAAUUCCGCUUCCUGUCUGACAUUGGCGUCUCUGCUGAGGGUCACAUUGAGCUUGGAGGCGCUUCGGGGGCGUCGUGAGUCUCAGCAUCAUGGCCGAAGACAUCAAGACCAAAAUCAAGAACUACAAGACCGCUCCUUUUGACAGCCGCUUCCCCAACCAGAACCAGACCAGGAACUGCUGGCAGAACUACCUGGACUUCCACCGCUGCGAGAAGGCGAUGACAGCAAAAGGGGGUGACGUCUCUGUUUGCGAGUGGUACCGGCGCGUGUACAAAUCCCUCUGCCCCAUCUCCUGGAUCUCCACCUGGGACGAUCGCCGUGCAGAAGGCACCUUUCCUGGCAAGAUCUGAACUGGCUCCACCCACUUCAACUGCUCCGUCCCUCUUCCCCAGGUGGUCAAGGGCGACCCGCGGACACUGACCCCUGCCCUGGGACCCUGAAUCAUGACUGAACCAUAAUAAACAAAAUCUCGUUGGAAACGUG